UUUCAGUGCAGCAUUAACCAUCGGGCACAAGUUUUCGCCUUGACUCGCGUUUUUCGCGAGUGAAAAUCACCUAAAAAGGUGUAGAAAAUAGUGCCUGCUACUUACAGACCGUGCUUUGCGUGGAAAAGUCGGGCUAGAUAAUUUAACAGCCUGAAAAGUGAAGACUUGUGCGCAGCACGCGUGGCGUUGCCAGACAAUUACAGCAAUUUGCUGUGCUCUUUCUUGAGCAAAUUUUAAACUUUUCGCUAGUAUAGGCAGUGCGGAGGGAGGCCGCGCUUUUCCCUAAAAUCGAUUUCUUAUUCUGAAAAAUAUCAGAAAUCUGCAUUCCAAUUGGAAAAUCUUUGCGUGACAAAGGCGUUGCCAGCCCGGGCGCAGGUCUCACGCACCCACCUCUAGUUUGUUUUCAUUCGGAAAUUGGAAAAAGUUCCUUGCACGGAUUUUGUGAAUUAAAAUUGGCUUAGUCCGCUCCCACGACCGCGAAUCCCCUCGAGAUGUCGGGGCAGGCGGAGCUCAAGGAACUUGGCAUGUUCGAGCUGCGCCCGCUGGUCACCAAUAUCAGCUGCAAGCUUUCCGCGGUGACUGCGGGUCUGGAUGAAAAUUCCAGGCAGUUUCUAUGCCUUGUCACCGAGGAAAAUGAGAUCCUGCUGCGGUACAUCAGCGCCACCUCCGGCCAGGAGGUGGUUAAGAUGAUAUCCUGGUUCCGAAACCGCGUUAUCCACGACGUCUGUUUCGAUCCGGCGGGCAUUUGGCUGCUGGUGCUAUGUUUUGACAAUACGCUGCACAUUGUGCCCGCCCUGGCGCUGGUGGAUAAAUUAAAUGGAUUGCCUGCCUGCUCGCUAUACAGCACCACUCAGGUCACCUCCUACAUCAUACCCUUCGUGGGUCCCCACGAGUGCCCCAACUCCAAGAAAUGCCCCAACCACUCUACGGUUCAAGACGAGCCAUCGGUAGAGCAGCUGGCCGACAACCUGGAGCAGGCUAAACUGCAGGAUGAGGAGGAGGAGCCACUUGGCCACGAUCUGCCAGAGCAUAUGCUUGUUGGCAAUAGCGGAACAGAGGAGUCAGCGCACCCACCGCCGCAGCAGCAGGCGAUCGAUGUUACUGGCAAUAGCCAGGUGAUGACCAUCUCAUUCAUGGCGUCGAAGACCUGUCCGUAUCCGCUGUCCGUUGUCUGGUGGAAGACAAACAGCGGCCAAAAUAGGGCCAUUAUCGGCUACUCAGAUGGCUCCAUCUGCUUUGUAGGCCUGAGUCCCAACUGUCCCAUGAUCGCUAGCACUGCCAUCGAAAACGGAUCUGUGAUGCGCCUGGUUAUCUGCAAGGACAAGGCGUACGAUGGCGUCAUGCUGCUGAUAACCUCUUCGCUGAAGCAGCAAUACAAGCUCCUCCUAGAGCAAAAGGCAAUAAAGUACGUUUAUCCCGGCGACAGUUCCCCAACGACCCGAGAGGGUGCCUGGCAAAUCGUGAUGUCUGUGCAGGAGAAACAACAUAGUGCGACGAUCGGUGCUCGGCAAAGCAAUAGCUCCGAUCCGGCAUCAGACAGCAGUCAGUUAGAAGAAGAUGUCUUUGUACCGCAGACCAACGAGGACGCAGCAUGUAGUAGUCAAGCAGCGACCGCCGCAGAGUCGUCCACCGUCCCGGCGUCUGCGGAUACUACGAGUGCAGAUGCGCCACCACCGCCGGCGCCACCUUCUUACAGCGAGGCAGUGGCCCGACAAAACAGCGAGCAAGGAGGCGUCCGUUUCCAGCAACAGCAACUGCCAGCGGGCAGCAUGGAUGGCAUUCUGCCCGCCACAAGAGCCCGCCUCGCGUCGCUCAAGAGCCUUGGAUCGAAGAAGCUGCAUGCCAUCAAGAUGCGACUUUCCGAUCAGCGUCAAAAGUUUGAUGAAUUUAUGCCGGACUCGACGAUGGGCUCGUUUGCAAUCAUGGAUUCGCCGUCGGUAACACCAGAGCCACUGGGAACCACCACCGGAUCCUUCUACACCAUCCAGAAUCUGCGAAGUACCUUCCUGUUGAGUGCUCUGCAUAGCAAUAGCCACAGUUUAACCGUUCACAGCAUCGAUAUCAGUUUAAAGCCGCUGUUCGUUUACAAGAUCCCCAAGCACACCCAGGAAAUACUCAUAAGCUCCAACAUACUCUACGGUAUACACUACGUGGACCUGCAUUGUCGGAGCGAUUCAGCGAUUUCCACAGCUGCAUCCUCGCUUGAGGAUCCCCUGGUCGCCAAUACAGAUAAGGAGAAUCGGGACGCGGACAUUGAAAAGCUGGAGCAGGCCGAGAUUAGUGCCCAAAAGAGCGAUACGACCAGUGCAACGACUACGGCUACAUCGAGCCUCGAUCAAAGCGAUAUGCCCAGUAAUGCCAUCAAUGCCGUGAGUGUGAUUAGCAGCGCAAUGGCCUCUCUGCAUACCUCCGACGAAGAUCGCUUUAACAGCAUGGCUCAGUUAGGUCUCUUUCGUUUCGAGAAUGAAACUGUGCUGCACUUAUAUCAAAUGGCACAGUAUCGCAGUCCCGCCGCCCAACCAGAGACGCUUACCAAAGAGGAAAAGGCCAAAGCGUUUGAGCUGAAGGAUAUUCAUACGCCUAUGGACUACAUACAGUUUUAUGAGACGGCCGAUGUGAGCAGUGAGUUUUCCUUGCGGCAAAUGGAGAUAAUGCAAUCAGAGUUCCCGAAGAUCAACUACGAUCCUAGCUAUGUGAUCACCAAUAAGAAUGUGUAUACCAUACAGCUAAGAAAGGAGCCUUUUGAAUUGUUUCUUGAUGCCGCCCUGCAGAACGAGUUUAAUCAGUGCCGUGACUUCUGCAAUACUUUCGACCUUUCAUUCGAACAGUGCAUCGAGUUUGCCGGGGAUUACCUGCUCAGGCGAAAGAAGAUUACCCAGGCUCUGCUCACGUACAACAAGGCUCGAGUGAAACCGAUACGCACAGCUCUAAAACUGGCAAUGUAUGGACAUACAUACGCCCUGAUGCAGCUCAGUGCUAUGGCCCUAAAGUCCACAUAUCUCCUAAGAUCGCGGUACUUGGGUCACCCUCUGCUUAAGGGCAUACUAGGUGACAUUACUUAUAGGCACUCGGAGGAUGUCCGUAUGAUUUUGCCCGAGAAACACGAGGAAGAGGAUGUAAUCAGCGGCGCUGUCUGCAGCGAUUAUCAUUAUGGUGUGGACGAGUCAAUUAGCGCCCUUCAAAUGUCGCCUUCGUCGCAGUUUCAUUUGGCCAACUUGCUGCUCAUCACAAUGGCCGAGAAGGCAGUAAACGACAAAAAUUAUAUACCCCUGUGGAACUUUUUGGUGACCAAUAGCAAAUAUCACACCAACAUGACGAGCAUUGUUCUUUGCCAAAGUGGACUUUUCUCAUCGGCAAUUAUCUUGGCGAAAAUACGAGGUGUAUGUUUGGAUACUUUCAAUGCUCUGAUCAGUGUGGUUGCCCAAGAGUUUGGCUGGUACAAUGAGCUCAACGUCUGCCUGUACAAUCUGAGCGAGAACAUAUUCAUGGAGACAAUAACCUACUUGCCACAUGUGUCCAUGGAUUACUUUGCCUUCAUUCAGGAAAAGCUGGAUCACAUAAGACCAUGUGUAUUACAGCGUCUGUCCAAGCAAUUGAAUCCGUUUUCGCCUGCUUUAAGGCCCAUUGUGUCCCACAACAGUGACUGCGCGAUAUCGAACGAUAAUAAUCCCCAAUUGUUUGAGUUUUGCAAAAGUCUAAUUGAAACAUAUUUGGCAGUGCUCAUACAUAUGGAAUCCCAGCGAGUGAAGCAUGAUUCUAUUGUAAAUGCUUUAUCGAAUUUCCGUAUCAACUAUGAAGACAAUCAGUUUGCCAUUGAAUCAUCACGCUUCAAACCGAUCUCAGCUGGUUGUGCCUACUGCGCCUGUGUUGUGGAUGGUGCCGCCUACUUUUGGGGCUCUAGUGGCAUUCCCAGUUAUUACAGUGCUCAAAAGUCAACAGAACCGCCUGAGCCAGCACAUGCUGUAAAAAGUCUAGAUCUCCUCUCCCAGCUCAAUUUGCAGGUCCAUGCUAUCAAGUGUGGACGACAGCACACUCUUAUUCUAACGAAUAAUGGCCUCUAUUCUGUGGGAAAUAACAAUCUAUGUCAACUGGGAAUCGGUCGACAUAUGCAAAUGGCUUUGCAACCGAUGCUGGUGACGGCUUUGGAUGGCAUGAAUAUAACUAUGCUCGAGGCGGGGCAAUAUCAUAAUGCGGCUGUCGCGGAUGGCAAGCUCUAUAUGUGGGGAUGGGGCGUCUAUGGCCAGUUGGGACAGGGAAGCUGCGAGAAUAUAUCUACUCCACAACUAGUCAGUUUUUUCAAAUAUAAGAAAAUUUUACAAAUAUCGCUGGGCCAUGCGCACACUUUGGUGCUGUGUGGAGCACCCAACAACUACAUGGAGGCUAACUACUGCGGCAACGAGCUUUACGUGUUCGGCUCAAAUCACUUUGGCCAGCUGGGCACCGGUAACAGCGAUCACGGAAGCGACACCAAGAUGAACGUGCCAGUGCGUCUUGAAGUGGGCGGCUGCAGCCUAAGACUGAUACACACCAAAUUUUUUACCAAUUUAGCUGUAGACGAACACGAUCGUCUGUACACUUGGGGAAGCUCGCCGCAAGCUUUGCGUCUAGCCAAUCAAAUCAAGCGGCGCGCGAACGCCAAGCAAAAAUUAGAGGAGAACCAGCAGCGAGAGCUGUUGAGCAAGCAACUGGAAGCCACUUUGCUGCCGGCACCCAUCACGGGUACCAACACCUUGGUGGAGCCCACCACGUCCUAUGCUGCGGUGGUGGCUGGUGCCACACCGAAGGCCACCAGUGACACCAAAGAUUGCCAGGACAAGCAGGACGAGGCUGCGCCAUCAGAUGCUACCGAAAUAAUUGCCCCGGCGUGUACAGAGAGCCGGAAAUAUUUAAAGCGGGUUAAACCUCCAGCCACUGUGGUUUCUGUACCGGCUCCUGCCCCUGAACCGGACCCCACGGAGCACCUGACUCCUCAUCUGGUGGAUACCAGCGAGGUGGCAGGCCAAAUCCUGCAGAUUUCUAGCGGCUUGUUCCACUUUUGCCUGAUCUCGUCCAGCUGUACGCUAUACACGUGGGGAAAGAACCUGGAACACCAACUAGGGACCGAAGACAAGGAUCGGCGGGCGGUUCUCAAGCCCUCCCCUAUUGACAGCAUCGAGAGCCCAAUGUACGUAGACUGCGGUGCAGACUUUACGCUGGUUAUGACCACCGAUCACAUUGUGCGAGCCUUUGGAGGCAACUCGAACGGUCAAUGUGGCCGAGAUUUGGGACCCAGCGUAGAAAGGAUGCGACAGAGAGUGGUGUGCCUACCGACGACUAAGCGAUUGAUGCGAUUUGAAAGUCAGUGUGUGGAAGCGCCCGUGGAGAUCAAUUUGCCGAGGCCACGAAUCCGACUAGAUCAGGAUCCGGUCAGAUACCUGAAGGUCAUGCCACCAUAUCAGCCGCACUUCCUGCAGCCGGCAAACAUAAGUUUCGAUCAGCACUACUCUGUGGGAACCCCGAACUAUAAGAGCAGUACGGAGCACGCGGCCACUGGUCAGGACUCCGAUGACAUGCUUAGCAGUCUAGAGAAUCUAAGUCAGAACGAUGCAAGUUUCUCAUACAAUGCUCCAGUGUUGGGCGAGGCACACAGUUCACUAGAUAUGGACUACACUCCCGAGGAGCAGAGCUAUGUUCCGUUACCGGAUCAAGCCAUGGGUUCUGGAGUUCCUGUGAACGCAGAGCAGUUGCUGGGCCGUGAUGAUGACGAUGCCAGCACCUAUACGCAGAGCACCGAUGAACUCGGGGACUCUUCACUUCAACAGUUGCGCCACUACAUCCACUACUGUUUGUACGCCUUUCAUGGUCUGUAUAAUCCCGACAAGAUUGGCGAGUGCGCCCGUCCAAAUCGCAACGAGUACCGCAUACGUAUCUGCAUGCUCAACUUUCGGUUCGUCGAAGCCUUUCGGCUGUGCCUGCAAAGCUGCGAUUCCGCCCAGCGCACCCUCAAGUUGUUUGAGUAUUUUAGCAAGGAUACAGGCUAUGUGCCGCUGAGGAGAUCUGAUCUGAAACACCUCAUAUACCACCUGUGUCUGCACUUCCUGGAGCGCAAAUUCGACAUGCUCGAGUGUGAGCGUUUUUUCAUGGGCGACCUGGACUAUUAUCUGCUGGAACUGGCCUACGUCUUCUACUUCAACAACAAUAACUCGACGCUGGAGCAGAAUCUCAACCAGAAGUUCAAGCAGCUUAUUGCAGCGGCGGACAGCAAUCAGGCGGCAACGUCCGCAGGACAGGAGCACCAACAGCAGCAGCUGCAGGACACCGAUGUAAUAUUCGAUAGCUUUACGGUCAAGUUCAAGACGAUCUUGUGCCAGCGCCUGCUCAGCUACUCGGACUGCGAAGCUUCCAAUUAGCAGUGGCUGGGCCCUGGAGUCCCGUUUCCGGUUCAGAUUCUGAGUCUUGGCAACUUUCGUUCGACACGCAUCAGUUGAGGGACCGUCUUUGUCGUCCGUCUUGUUUAAUAUGUUUCGUUAUAAAUUCAGUCUACGAGCCGGGGACUGCCCUUAACACAUAUAAGCCCAACCCCCUUCUUCCCUUACAUGUUUACGCGUAACUAUAUAUAUACCAUAAUUGUUGUUUGCGGUUAUUUAUACAUCAAAUGCUUUUUACAGCGCUGUUAUUUAAAAGAAAUGUUUAAGACAAACAAUUUGUUUAAAGAAUCCAAUUUUUGUAACGCUUUGUUUGCCAUUGGCUGCGCCAGCUUUUAUUUGUUUUUUCAAUCAACUUUAUUAAAACCUAAAACCGAAAGAAAGUAAUCCAAAACUGCUCAUCGAACAGAUCAAAAGGAGGCUGCAGGAUAUACACAUAACAUACAAAUUUUUGUUUUUUAUUCGAUAUUCAGCUUGUGAUUUGCAAUUAUUUAAUAAAAUCAGAGUAGAAUUAAUAUAAUUAUAUACACAUAUAUAUGAUUAACAAUAAAAUACGUUUAUACAAAUAAAAGAGAGACGAUUCUACAGUU